GUAGUGCUUACCGCGCGGCGGAAGUUCGUGCGACAGUCAAUCAAUAUGCUGCUUUCCGUAGUAACUUUCUAGCUCUUACGGAAAAACAACAUAUUGUAAUUUCGACAAAAAUGACACUAUCGGGACAGUUCAAAAAGCACUUUGAAGAUUAAAAAAGUACGCUUCGAAAAGGACAUUUUUUGUAUCAGAGCAAGAUAUUCAGCUGAAAAAGCAAACUUGGAGUUGGCCUGUGUAGAGGGAUUCAAAUAGCAUAUACGGUUCGUGAUAAACAUUUGUAUUGCAUAUUUAUAACAAUCAUCAUGGAGACUGUUGCACACUUAUGGAAUGUCAAUCAAGUUUUAACAAAGUUGAAGUGCCCACUGACCACAGAAUUACAAACAUUUUAUAUGCAAAAAUGUAAAAGCUUCAAGAAUGAGGUAGAGUUACCGAAGCAAAAGUUUGGACCAUCUAUGAUGUGUAUACAUUGUGGAUCACAUUGGAACACUAUGGAUUAUCAAGCUCGGAUAAUACCUGGUAGGAAAAUAUCCAAAUCGAUUAAAAGGAUUAUAAAAUGUAUGAAUGAAGGUGAUCAGGAUAUCCCAAAAGUGCGCGUUUCCUUGGCACAGAAAGCUAUGAAAAAUGAGAUGAAUAAGUUAGCUAUCAAGUGCUCAGUUUGCUCUAAACAGACAGUGUUACCGUUUAAAAAGAAAGAUCGGUUGAAACCUGCUAAAGACAAUUUGGAUGAUUCCCAUAUAGAAAUGCCACAAAGUAGUCAUAAGAAGAAGAAAAAGAAGAAAUCUAAGGACAAAACUGCAGGCUUAAAUAUUUCAGGCAAAUUGGAGUCACCGUUAAAUAAGAAAAAUGACAGUAAAACUCCCACAAAACCAGUCAUGUUAACACCUAAAAUCAACACCCACAAACCAGUCGUAUCAACUCCUAAAAUCAACACCCAUAAACCAGUCGUAUCAACACCUAAAAUGAGUGCUAAAAAGAUAUUAGCUAGUUCUACUAAAAAAGCCAAAAAACUAAACAUAGUGCGAUUGAGAAAUAUUGUAAACGACAGUAUGACAACACCUACAAAGAAUAAAAACUUACGCAGUUUUCUAGCACAACUAUGUUAAAGAUGUAAAUAAAACUGUUGUAGAUAAAACUGUAUUUAACUGUGAUUAUAAAGAACGUGAUUAUAAACGUUUUGUAUACUGUAAAUAUUUUUUAGUAAUGCACAGUAAUAACUUUUAAUAAAUAACUGCAAUGAAAACGUCAUUUGAGAAGAAUUAUUGCGACAUAAAUCGAAAUUCUCGUGUUAUAUAUCACUUAUUUUUUAAAGAUAAGACUGGUUUAUUUAAUUAUCCUUAUGACAUUUCAGAAAGCGUGAGAUUUAUUUCUUUAGAUGUUGAUCAUUGAAUAUCUUCUGCAUAAACUGGAAUCCUUAUUUUCCUCGAGAAUCUAACGAGGUAUCGGGAAAGAAGAAAUUCGUAACUGGCGUAGUUUUCUUAAUUACCAUCUAUUUCUUGGAAAACAGUUAUAUAAAGCAGAAAUACGUACACAUCUUCAAACAUUAA